AUGAGCGACGAGGUACAAACACUGAUUCGCAUGGCAACCCGACCGACGAAGAGGCAGAUUCUACGUUGCGUCAUGACGUUGUUUGAUCCACUGGGGUUACUCUCGUCGUUUAUCAUCCACGGAAAGGUCUUGAUCCAGGACCUGUGGCGCGAAGGCACGGAUUGGGACGAACAAGUAGGCGAUUUAGUCUAUGAGAAGUGGCAGAGGUGGAUCGAGAUGAUCAACCAUAUCGCAGAGAUCCGAAUUCCCAGAUGUUACUUCCCCAACGCCACGAGAAGGAGCGAAGUAGCUUAUUCGGGCGCUAUCUACUUACGCACCUUAAACGAACACGGUAAACCACAGUGCAGCUUAGUAGCGGCAAAAUCAAAGGUCGCCCCCCUGAAACCGUGGUCUAUUCCCAGGCUGGAACUGCAGGCGUGUGUACUGGGCGUACGGUGGUCAAAAUUUGUCAAGGAAAACCUCGACGUCCCAGUUUCCAAGACGGUUUUCUGGACCGAUUCCAGAACGGCGCUAUCCUGGAUUAAUGCCGACCCUCGAAACUAUCGACAGUUCGUGUCCUGUAGAGUAGGUGAGAUACUUGAGCAUACUUCGGUAAGCGACUGGAGAUGGGUGCCUUCCAAAUCCAAUCCAGCGGACGAAGUAACGAAAUGGGGUAGUGGACCGUACUUCAACCACGACAGCAAGUGGUUCCAAGGACCGCAUUUCCUGAAUCUCCUGGAAGCAGAUUGGACCUGUCGCAAAGAACCGGUGAUGGUUACCGUGGAAGAAAUGCGUGUAUCGACACUACAUCACAGUUCGUCUGAACCAACGGUCGAUUUCGACCGAUUCUCUUCCUGGGACAGGUUGCAACGUGCGACCGCAUACGUUCUCCGUUUUCUGCACAAUGUAUCGAAGAAACAGCCACGAUAUAGUGGACAGCUGCAACAGUCGGAGCUGAAGGCUGCUGAAGAAGUCAUCUUCAAGUUGGUGCAACGUGAACAAUACCCGGACGAAGUUGCAGCGCUGUCAAACAAAGCGCCCAAUGAGACCGGUCAAGAAGUCAUCGGGAAAAACAGUUGCAUCUACCAAAUGAUGCCGAAGCUGGACGAGAAGGGUUUGCUACGUGAACAGGGUCGAAUCGCGGCAGUUAAGAACGUCGCCUACAACGUGCGCCAUCCCGUGAUUCUACCGAGAAGGCAUCGCGUCACGGAACUUCUGGUGCAUCGAUUCCACCGCAACUUUCGCCAUAGCAAUGCUGAAACGGUCGUUAACGAAGUUCGACAAUUGUACGCUAUCCCGAGGCUUCGAUUGGUGGUCAAGAAAGUGGGCAGAGAAUGCCCGUCCUGCAAAAUACGGCGAACCAGACCAAUGAUCCCUCCAAUGGCACCACUGCCAUCUGCCCGCUUAGCCCAUCACGAGCGAGCUUUCACCUACACAGGGGUGGAUUAUUUCGGACCAUUGCUGGUGAAGUUGGGGCGAUCCAAUGUAAAGCGAUGGGUCGCACUGUUCACCUGCCUAACGAUUCGUGCCAUACACCUAGAAAUCGCCUACACACUAUCAACGGAGUCCUGUAUAUCGUGCGUCCGCCGAUUCGUUGGACGGCGCGGGCCACCUGCCGAGUUUUUCAGCGACAACGGAACGAAUUUCCAAGGAGCCGAUCGAGUACUGCAGCACCAGAUAAGCCAGGGACUGUCCGCAACGUUUACCAGUGCAAACACGAAAUGGAACUUCAUACCACCAGGAGCGCCACACAUGGGCGGAGCGUGGGAACGCCUAGUACAGUCCGUUAAAACUGCAAUGAAAGAAGCGUAUUCCGAGGGAAAGCUUGACGACGAGGGGUUGCAGACGUUGGUCGUAGAGGCUGAAAGUGUCGUAAACUCGAGGCCUCUGACGUAUAUGCCAUUGGAGAGCGAGGAGACCGAGGCCCUCACCCCGAACCACUUCCUGUUGUUAAGUUCGAAUGGGAUGAAGCAAAUGAACGACGAAGAUGAAGGACCGAGACAGUUCAGCGAAUCAGUUCGGUGUCGAAUCCUGGGGGAUUCCUGGGAGCAGAUCCAGCAUCAGCUAAAUGUAUUCUGGGGGCGCUGGUUGGUGGAAUAUCUGCCGGUGAUCCGCCGGCAACCGAAAUGGUUCAGCGAGACACCAUCAUUGAAACCAGGCGACCUGGUAAUGGUCGCGGAGCCGACGAGACGGAGUGGCUGGGAGCGAGGGCGAAUAGUCCGCCUGAAGCAGCGUGCGGACGGCAGAAAUCGACGAGCGGUCGUGAAGAUAGGCGACAAGACUUGUAUUCGACCGGUGACGCGGUUGGCUUUGCUCGACGUCAAGAAGAGUGGAGCUCCGGCGGACUCCGGACUACACCCGGGGGAGACUGUCAACGCAGAAACCGUCGAGCUGGCAACACUGCCUGACAAAGGCAACGCGUCAGAAUCAAAGCAACGCGGCGGCAGAUAA